AUGGCUGGCUGUGCCUAUGGUUUUGAUCAAGGAAACAUUGGAGGAGUACUAACUUUACCGACUUUCAAGCAUGCCUUUGAAUUAGACAACCUAAGCGAAGAUGCUGCGGAUGCACGCAAAGGUAAUAUUGCGUCUUUGAUGGCUGCUGGUGGUGCUGCAGGUGCUCUGCUAUCUGCCCCAUGUGCCGACUUCUUAGGUCGCAAGUGGUCCAUGAUCCUCUACGGCUUAUUAUAUCUGCUAGGCUGUGCCUUUCAAGAGGUUCCCCAUCUCGGUCUUUUCUACGCAGGCAGAUUUCUUGCUGGUGUGGCAAUUGGGUGCAUGUCCGCUGGCGCACCCCAAUUUUUGGCGGAAAACUCACCCAGAGCGAUUCGUGGGUCAAUGACUUGUCUCUACAACCUAAUGAUCACCACUGCUCUUUCACUAGCAUUCUGGACGAAUUUUGGCGUCAGCAAAUGGAAAAAUGUCAAUGCCACAGACAACACACAAUGGAUGUUAGCAUUGGGCAUUCAACUUAUCCCAGGAGUAUUUAUGGUGGCGAUGCUCCCCUUUGUGGGAGAGACGCCUCGUGCCUUGAUUGCGCGUGGAAAGUGUGAGCAAGGUCUUAUCAAUCUCGUCAAGCUUCGGAAGCUCCCCGAAUCCCACCCUUAUGUUCAGCAAGAAUACAUGGAAACAUGCGCACAAGUGGACCUAGAGCAAGAGAUCGCAGCCGGACGUAACUAUUGGCUAGUGAUCAAGGAUGUUGCGCUUGUACCAUCCAACAGGCGUCGCUUUCUCCUCGCCAUCAUGCUGUUCCUCUUCCACAAACUCACGGGAACCGACUCACUCAACUACUUUGCCCCGGAAAUCUUCACUAUGAUUGGCGUACGAGGGGGAUCUCAAGCCUUGUUCACCACUGGCCUCUAUGGUGUUGUCAAGCUUGUUACUGUACUCAUUUACGUCGUCUUCAUUGUUGACCGCGUCGGGCGAAGAUUGCCUCUUAUCAUCGGUGCAUGCCUUCAGGCUACUGCCAUGUUGUACAUAGCGCUCUACGUCCGAUUUGCGAAACCAGAAGUGGGCGGUGGCACCGAAGUGGGCGGUGUUUUUGGUAUCGUCUGGAUUUACAUCUACGCUUUUGGAUGGUCAUUCGGUCAUAGUGUGGCUUGCUAUGUGGUGGCUGCAGAGAUCUUCCCUUCUCGUAUUCGCUCUUUCUGCAUGAGCUUGUGCUUCUUCACUAACUGGAUUGUUGAUUUUGGCAUUACCAAAGCCACUCCGUCGAUGAUGACGCAUUUGGGAUGGGGAACGUUCCUUUUGUACGCAGUACUGACCUACAUCGGCGCUAAUUUCGUCUACUUCUGUAUGCCGGAGAUGAAGGGUCGGUCCAUUGAGUCUAUGGACGACUUGUUCCAAUUUUCGAUCUGGUCUAUGUGGAAGAGGGCAUAUCCAAAGGAAGAUGAAAUGGUUCGUCGAGACAUUGGCGAUGUUGCUCAUGACAAGAAGGAUGAAAAAUCCGUACGGAUUGAGAAAGUUUAG